CAAAGUUUAUACAACUCCGACUUCCCAGUUUUUGCGACCGUCGGGAACUCCACUUCCAAUCCGCAUCGCCAUUUCCGCAGUCUCCAAGCUCCCGCGCUUCGUUCUCUCCGCCCAUCUCUCUCUCUCUCUCUCUCUCUCGAUCUAUCUCGAUCUCUCUCGUGAUCGCGUCUUGCUCUCUUCAAUGGCGUCUGCGGCCUCUUGCGCGCUAGUGCCAUCCGUGUUUCUAGGCAAGAUCCCAAGGCGGGUAUCCUCGAGCUCGCUGCCGAGGAAUUCAUGGGGAUCUAGGGUUUCUAUGAGCGUCUCCACCGGCAUUCCAGAGCCUCUCACUGCUGACACCAUCUUCAAAGACUACAAGCCCACUUGUGGAUUCCUCUUUCCUGGCCAGGGUGCACAAUCUGUGGGAAUGGGGGCUGCCUCUGAAAAUGUGCCUGCUGCUGCUGAACUGUAUAGCAAAGCAAAUGAUAUACUCGGUUUCGAUCUCUUGGAUGUAUGCAUCAAUGGACCUAAGGAAAAGCUUGAUUCAACAGUUAUCAGUCAGCCAGCUAUAUAUGUUACAAGCCUAGCUGCUGUUGAGGUGUUGCGUGCGCGUGAAGGUGGCCAGGACAUUAUCGAUUCUGUAGAUGUCACUUGUGGUCUAAGUCUCGGAGAGUACACAGCCCUCGCAUUUGCUGGGGCUUUCAGCUUUGAAGAUGGGCUCAAGCUUGUCAAGCUAAGAGGUGAAGCCAUGCAGGACGCUGCAGAUGCUGCUAGUAGUGCUAUGGUUAGUGUCAUAGGGCUCGAUUCAGAAAAGGUACAAUUACUUUGUGAUGCUGCAAAUGAUGAAGUAGACGAGAAUAAUAAAGUUCACAUUGCAAACUUCCUAUGUCCCGGAAACUAUGCUGUUUCUGGGGGAGUGAAAGGAGUGGAAGUUGUUGAAGCUAAAGCAAAGUCAUUUAAGGCUCGAAUGACGGUCCGCCUAGCUGUUGCUGGUGCUUUUCACACCAGCUUCAUGGAGCCUGCAGUCUCAAGAUUAGAAGCAGCAUUGGCAGCUACAGAAUUAAGAACACCAAGAAUACCUGUUAUAUCUAAUGUUGACGCAAAACCUCACUCUGAUCCUGAGACAAUCAAGAAAAUUUUGGCUCGCCAAGUGACCUCCCCGGUCCAGUGGGAGUCGACUGUGAAGACACUCAUGGAAAGAGGCCUUAAGAAAAGUUUCGAGUUGGGACCUGGAAAGGUUAUCGCUGGAAUCCUGAAGCGAAUUGACAAAGGUGCUGACAUUGAGAACAUCAGUGCUUGAGAGCUUUCCACACAUACUUUGUUUAGGAGUUCACCUUUUUGGAACCCUCAUAACCUGCCAUUUUGUUUUGUUGUAUUUCAAGUUCAGACUGGCUUGUUUGUAGAGUUAAUGGUCAUGGGCAAAUCUCUGUGAAUCGAAUAAGGUAAUGUGGGGAUGUUAAUUGAGGCAAAUUUAUAAGCUAUUAAGCAAUGAUCAAUCCAUUCAUCUUAAUUAGUUCAA